AUGGAUAUAUCAGAGGGAAAUAAGACUCUUGUGACAGAGUUUGUUCUCACAGGACUUACAGAUCGACCAUGGCUGCACGUCCUCUUCUUUGUUGUGUUUUUGGUGGUCUAUCUCAUCACCAUGGUGGGCAACCUUGGACUGAUAGUUCUAAUUUGGAAGGACCCCCAUCUUCAUAUGCCCAUGUACUUAUUCCUUGGUGGUUUAGCCUUUUCAGAUGCUUGUACUUCAACCUCUAUAACCCCUAGGAUGCUGGUCAAUUUCUUAGACAAGACUGCAAUGAUAUCCCUAGCUGAGUGCAUCACCCAGUUUUACUUUUUUGCUUCCAGUGCAACUACAGAAUGCUUCCUCCUGGUGAUGAUGGCCUAUGACCGCUAUGUAGCCAUAUGUAAUCCCUUGCUUUAUCCAGUGAUGAUGUCCAACAAACUCAGCGCUCAGUUGCUAAGCAUUUCAUAUGUAAUUGGUUUCCUGCAUCCUCUGGUUCAUGUGAGUUUACUAUUGCGACUAACUUUCUGCAGGUUUAACAUAAUACAUUAUUUCUACUGUGAAAUUUUACAACUGUUCAAAAUUUCAUGCAAUGGUCCAUCUAUUAACGCACUAAUGAUAUUUAUUUUUGGUGCUUUUAUACAAAUACCCACUUUAAUGACGAUCAUAAUCUCUUAUACUCGUGUGCUCUUUGAUAUUCUGAAAAAAAAGUCUGAAAAGGGCAGAAGCAAAGCCUUCUCCACAUGCAGCGCCCAUCUGCUUUCUGUCUCAUUGUACUACGGAACUCUGAUCUUCAUGUAUGUGCGUCCUGCAUCUGGCUUAGCUGAAGACCCAGACAAAGUGUAUUCUCUGUUUUACACGAUUAUAAUUCCCCUGCUAAACCCAUUUAUUUACAGCUUGAGAAAUAAAGAAGUCAUGCAUGCAUUGAGAAGAGUUAUAAGGAAGUAA